CUCGAGGAUUUGCAAAAUAACUUUAGUACUCUCAACCAAUAUUUUUUCUACAAAUAAAAUAAACGAUAAUAUAAUUGAUGACGGUCGUACUUUCAGCGAGUACAGCGAGUCAAGUUCAAGACUAAUAAAUGUCGCUAGAGACCCCAAGAUCGAGUGCCGGACUCACCACCCCGCGCACAUUUGAGGAAGUAUUCUCUGAUUACGAUAAUUUUCAGGAGUUGCUGGAUGAAACCGAAAAAUGUAUCGACGAACAAGAGGAAUUGUGGUCUUGCUCAAGCUCUUCCAGCCAUUUGUUGAAUAACGAUGAUGUCAAGUUGAAUGCAAUAGUAUCGCGAUUGGUCAAUGCAUGUUUCGACUACAACAAAUGCGAGAGCGAAAAUUUGGACAAGCUUUCUCUCUUAGAGAUUAAAUUUACCGAAGAAUUGAUGGCCAGGCAUCGACAAAUGUCAAGUCGCGUAUAG